AUGGUCAAUAUUAAUUCUAAUAUUGAAAUAUUUUUGAAUUAUUCUCCCUAUGUACGUUCUCGGUCUUCUUCAGGUAGUUAUAAUAGUGAUCAUCAAAGUAUAGAGAGUUCCUCAAAAUAUUUUGAAUGGUUAGAAAAGGCUAUAGGUGACAGUUAUAUAACACAUUUUAAAUAUAAUGACUUUAGUAAUAUCAAAACAAUCGGAAAAGGGAGAUAUGGUAUUGUACAAUCAGCCGAAUAUCUUGGAACAAAGCUUGCAUUAAAAUCUUUCUCUAAUAAUUCGAUAAAAGAAUUUGUUAGUGAGGUUGCUAUGAUGAUUGUAAAAGGCAUUAGAGAAGAAAAGAUUCCUGGUACUCCUGAAGAUUAUGCUAAUCUUUUUGAGAAAUGCUGGUCUGCUGAACGAGAUCAACGUCCAGAACUUGAUGAAACGUUAAAAUACCUUGAUAAGUUCUCAAAAGACACAACAAAUAAAUUUAUAAUAUAUAAACGAAAUAAUACUCUUUUGCAUUCUGACAAUAACUCUUAUUUACCG